AUGGCAAAGACCUCUAUGCACUUCCAUUGGUCAAAUAAGGUCAGCAAUGAAGAUCAAGAAACCCCAACACCCAUCAAUCCUUGCCAUAAACCCAACGUCAACCACGCCGAACCUCACAAACCACCACCACCACCUCCGCCACCCCUACCAAAAAAGAAACUCCAAGCUGUAACAGUUGCUAGAUUCCGCUCAGUUCUUACCGCUAUCAGGCAAAAUAGAGCAAACCUUCAAAACACUCUUGGCCCUAAAAGUUGUCGGAACCCUAUUUGGAUCCCGGCGAGGCCACGCCUACUUCGCAUUCCAGAAAAACCCCACUGCCCAACCAGCUUUCUUGAUCGAGCUUCAGACACCAAUUAG